AUGCUGCGUGCAUUGAAUAGAUUUAAAGGAGCAUCUCCAUAUACAUAAAAAUGGCGACAGUGUGUGCCACCCGACCUCUCAACCCUAUUUGGUCAGCACCUGCAGGCAACUUCCCAGUGUUGGCGAUUUAGGUGGAAAGAGGUUGGUAACCCUUUGUGUAUAUCGGGCUAGGUUUUACUCGGGCCCUACUAAGCUAAUCCGUGGGACUCGGGCUUUUACCUCUAGAGCAAUCAUUGGAAAGGACAAGACCGGCGACAGUCCCGAGAUGAAGCUAAUUCCCUCGAACAGGACUCAAGAGGUGGCAUUUGUCUAACAAUAAAUUGGGAGUUUCGACCCAGGUGGUUAGCCCUUAGGCUCCAGGAGCCAUGGAAGUCAAGACUGGUCAGUGUGAUUCCUUGUUUGCGGCAACAAGGAGGGUCUCCACCGGGGCACCGCGGGUGUGAUGAGUGUGUAGGGUGGAAAUUCCCGGCCCUGCUAGGCGAACGGCGUUAAUUAACAUUAACAUUAAAGGAGCACUUCCGAAACGAUAUUUUUCAGAAGAUUUCAUCAUCGAUGAAAUCGAAGAACCUGCAAAUAAAUCAUCACAAACUUCAGACCUAGUUAGGCUCCUGCCCAUCACCAAGCAUCCAAUUUUCCCAAAACACUAUGUCCGAUUCCGUCUAUCUCCUGAAAACUUCAAGUUCAUGGUUGCUGAUUCACACUCAAACAUGGUAGGUGCAUUUGUAUUGAAGCCUAAAGAAGAUGCAAAAGAAUUGGAAACCCAAUUGUCUUUAAAGUAAUUUCUAGAUAGUUCGAUUUUACCUCUGAAAGCAAUUGACAAUGUCUACUCUGUAGGAGCUCUCUGCACAACGAGUUUCAAUAAGUUUGAUAGAACUAUCACUCUAAAACCAACUAACAGGACCAAGCUCAUAGAAGUUGUUGAGCCAUCUACCCCAGAAAUCCCAUUCCCAUUAGUCAGGCUCCAACAUUAUGACGAAACUCCACAAGAGACAAGAACAGAAGAAGACCAAACUAUACUAAAACUGCUUGGAGCACAACUUGAUGAGCUUAGAAGCCUUCUGAGUCCUCAAGAAUUAACUACAUUGGAAUUAUUUGCCCAGAGGUUUAAUAUGAGAUAUGACGAUGACUUCUUGAACUACGUAGGAAUAAUUCUAUCUUAUAUGUGCGAUACUGCAAAAGUCCAGAAGAUUUUUGAGCCAGAGUCGUUUUCGAUGAGGCUAAAACUGACUUAUGAGCUCAUUCAGGAGCAUGUGCAGAUGAGAAAUUCAAUGAGAAAGCUGCAAGACGAAGCACAAGCCAAAAUGCAAAAAGCAAGUGAAGAGCACAUGUAUAAGGAAAUUUUAAGCCUGAUUAAAAACAAACUCAUAAUAAUAAAAUGGCUCAGUGCGAAUUAGUUCUCUCCGAGAACUAUUCCUUCCUUCGCUUUUAUUAUUAUGGGGUUCAGUUUUCCACGUGGACCUUUAUCCACAACACCAAUAUGGAAUACCGCAUAGGGUAUUUCUUUGGUCCAGGAUAUUAGGAGACAUAUGGUUUUUCUGCUUGACACACCCGUGGAGGGUGACCCUUAGGCUGAACACGCGCAGGAGUUGAGUUCGGGCGAGGUAACGCGACCAGUGCGGACCUUCUAGCCUGACGGGUGAAGUCUUCUGGAAUGCCUACAUAGGGAGGGAUCGCUGCUGACGUCAUAAGUUGAGAGUUAAAAGGAUGGGCUUAUGCAUGCCUAAAUCAUCCUGCGGAAGAGGGAAGACACUUAAAAACACCUAAGUAAAUAAGUAAGUAAGAUUAAAAACAAACUCGGAUAUGAUAAGGAUGAAAAGGAAACUUUGAAAAUCAAGUAUAGCAAGAAUUUAGAAGGGAAAGCUGUUCCUGAGCAUAUUCAAAAAAUAAUUGAUGAAGAAAUGGGAAGAAUGAUGAUGACUGACAAGAAUUCUUCUGAAUUCCACGUCAUCAGAACUUAUUUAGACUGGCUCACAUGCUUGCCUUAUGGAGUGCAAACUGAGGAAACUAUUGAUCUUAAGCGAGCAAAAGAAAUCUUAGAUAGAGAUCACUAUGGUAUGAAAGACGUUAAAGAAAGAAUUCUCGAAUUUAUCGCAGUUAGCAAACUUAAAGGAAGCUCCACAGGCAAAAUUUUAUGCUUUGUCGGACCUCCUGGCGUAGGUAAAACAUCAAUUGCAAAAUCCAUUGCAGAAGCCUUAAAUAGAAAAUACCAUAGAAUCUCUCUUGGUGGCUUAGAUGAUGUUGCUGAACUUAAAGGACAUAGGCGAACUUAUAUUGGAGCUCAGCCAGGGAAACUUAUAACUGCUUUAAAGCAAGCAGGCUCUGAGAACCCUGUAAUCCUAAUUGAUGAGGUCGACAAAGUUGGUAAGCGAAACUAUCAAGGCAGUCCUGAAAAUGCUUUACUAGAAAUUUUGGACCCUCAAUCCCCCCUUCGUGAGCAAACUAAAAAAUCUUGCUUGAACACAGGUUAAUUUUUUUAUAUAAAUUUUAUAGUAAUAUUUUCGGAAUUUAGGGAAAAUCCUAACUCUCAAAAAUUGCAAAGGAAAACUAUAACUUUUAUGCUAAAAUAUUUUUGAUAAAAUUUUGUGCUCGCUCACAAUGAGUUUUUUUUUCAAAAAAGGGAAUUUUUCAAUGGUUUUGCUUGCCCACUGAGGGGGAGUCAGCAGAACUUUUCCUUCAACGACCAUUAUUUAGACACCACAGUAGAUCUCAGUAAAGUCCUAUUCUUAUGCACUGCAAACUUCCCAGACGACAUUAAUCCAGUCCUUUUAGAUAGAAUGGACGUCAUAAAUGUCCAAGGUUACACAGCAGAAGAAAAAAUGAACAUUUUAAAUAAGCACCUUCUUCCAGAAAUCAUCAAUAAAUGCUCUCUAUCUGACAAAGCUGAAAAAUACGAAAUCACAGACCCAGCAAAAGAAAUACUCAUAAGGGAUUACUGCAGAGAAGCAGGAGUCAGAAGUUUACAAAAAAUUAUCACAAGGAUUCUAGAAAAAAUUACAAAGAAAAUCGUAGAAGGAGAGCCUGAAAAAAUUGUGGUGACUCCUGAAAAUUUAAUUACUUAUGCAGGAAGACCUGAACACGCACAUUCAAAAAUUUACGACAGAACUCCUAGUGGGGUUGUUAUGGGACUUGCAUAUACAUCAAUGGGAGGGUCAACCUUGUAUAUCGAAGUAGCAAAAUCUAAAUUUACUGGAGAAGAGACCGAAGGAAAAGUUCAGAUUACAGGAAAUUUGAAGCAAGUCAUGAGCGAAAGUGUGCAUAUUGCUUAUACGUUUGCGAAGAAGUUGGCAUCAGCUAAAGGGAAUAGCUUCCUUGAUAAGAACAGUAUACAUAUACAUGUGCCUGAAGGAGCUACACCUAAAGAUGGGCCAUCAGCUGGUAUUACGAUUACUACAGCUUUGCUUUCUCUGGCAUUUGAUAAGCCAGUUAUUCCUGACUUAGCAAUGACAGGAGAAAUUUCGUUGACUGGAAAAGUACUACCUAUAGGAGGAUUAUGCAUUAAAAUAGCGACAUGUGCCAACCUGCCCUCUUGGAGCUACAGACUUAUGGCUACGGCCAAUUGGGACGGGCUCCGAGCCGAGAGAAUCAAGUGCAUGCUCAAGAAGUGUGUAUGGGUAGGUUUUGACUGUUUUGCUGUGGUUGGAAAUGAAGGUGCUCAACAACACUUUGGAUCUGAGGAUCCAUGGGGCAUUUCUCUACCGAGAAACUGGUGAUUCCAGCCCAGGCCACAGGGAGUAGCCUUUUUCCUGUAGCUGUCGAAGGAAGGCACUUCGACACCGACAGACUCCAAGGAUCCAUGGAAUCAAGCUACUCCACUCGCCUGUAGCAGGGCUUCAGAAAUCCAUAAGCACUCAAGACUGAAGCCGCAAGCAGGAGACAGAAGGUACGGAAGUGGGGGAAAGACCCUCUGGGCUAGAAUCGAAAAAUAGAUGAACCUUCCGUACGGGAGGUCUUUGGUGACUAUGCCACCAAUAUGACUAACGCCUGAAUUUAAUAGCCUAACCUAUAGGAGGAUUGAAAGAAAAAAUUGUAGCUGCAAAGCGUGAUGGAGUUAAAAGAGUGAUUAUUCCAAAACAGAACAAGCAUCAUUGGGAUGAACUAACUGAUAUUUUGAAAGAAGGAAUUGAAGUUAGCUUUGUGGAAGAUUAUUCAGAAGUUUUUAAGAUAGCAUUUGAUAACUCACUUUAA